GAAUUAUCGAAAGUUGGGGAAUGCGAUGUUCCUGACUGACGACCACAAUCCCUGAACUCAAUCCCUGAGCUGUGGCUCGAUUUAUCAUCCCUGUAAAGGUCUUUCUUCCUGGGCGAUACUUCACACGACGACGAUCGCUGUUCCACCAUGUUGCAGCUCAUCCUCAUGUGCGCACUGAUGGGUGCAGCUUCUUUUGGGUGUGGAAUGCUGCCUUUGGCUUUUGCUUUCUCCAAAAGCCACAUUGAACGACUAUCGGCUGUAGGAACAGGCCUGCUACUUGGGGCUGCGCUGGGUGUCAUUGUACCAGAGGGGAUCGAAUCCAUUGUAGAAGCGAACAAGUCUAGUGAAGUACCAACAACCAAGAUCUCUCUGGCGCUAUUAUGUGGCUUCACCUUCAUGCUCCUUAUCGAGCAGCUCGGUAUUGGAGGGCAUUCUCAUGGAUCGAGCGGCACCAGUGACCGACCUUCCUAUACCAGGGCAAAGCAGUCGGCGCCACUGGAUCAAGUUGAAUUCGACGCCGAGUUGGAUGAAUUGGAAAGAGACGAAUCUGGUCGUGGUUUCCACACGCGGUCUGCAAGCAACGAUAACGAAGGUCCUCUAGACUUGGCCCAGGGCAAAGGGCGUGCGUUGCCAUUGACCCUGGGGCUCGUUGUCCAUAGUUUUGCCGAUGGUUUCGCAUUGGGUGUUUCAGCUCUCUCACCGAGCGACGAGAGCAAGGCGAAUACCUUGUCAUUGAUCGUAUUUCUCGCCUUAAUUCUUCAUAAAGCUCCCACCUCGUUGGCUCUUUCAACCCAGCUAUUAGCCUCCAGUCUUCCCAGAAUCGAUUGCAAGAAACACCUCGCUGUUUUCUCCGCCGCCACUCCCGCGAGCGCAAUCAUCUGUUACCUUUGCUUUACCAUCCUAGGCUCUGGAGAGGGUAAUGAUUGGACGGGAAUUGCACUGCUACUUUCCGGUGGCACAUUCCUCUAUGUGGCAACCGUCUUGCAACCAGUGUCACAUCAUUCUUCGGGAGGAGGGACCCCAGAGUUACCUCGAGUUUCCCGCGUUUUGCUCAUCGUUAUUGGGUUGUUCAUCCCGAUUUUAUUGAGCUCGUUCUUGGGCCAUGGGCAUUAG